AGCAUGGCGGAUAAGACGGCUCCCCGCUGUCAGCUGAGGCUGGAGUGGAUUCACGGAUACCGGGGACACCAGUGCAGGAACAACCUGUACUACACGGCGGGGAAGGAGAUCGUGUAUUUCGUGGCCGGAGUCGGAGUGGUGUACAACACCCGAGAACACACCCAGAAGUUUUACUUGGGACACAACGACGACAUCAUCAGUCUAGCGCUGCAUCCGGAUAAGAUCCAGGUGGCCACGGGUCAGGUUGGGAAGGAUCCGUUCAUCUGCGUGUGGGACUCGUACGCGCUGACCACCGUGUCCAUCCUCAGAGACGUUCACACGCACGGCGUGGCCUGUCUAGCGUUUGAUGCCGACGGCCAGCGUUUAGCGUCUGUGGGACUCGAUGCCAAAAACACAGUGUGCGUGUGGGACUGGAAAAAGGGGCGUGUCUUAGCCACCGCCACGGGACACUCUGAUAGGAUCUUUGAUAUUUCCUGGGACCCGUUUCUGCCGCACAGACUGGUGAGCUGCGGAGUCAAGCACAUUAAAUUUUGGACGUUAUGCGGAAAUGCGCUGACGCCGAAACGAGGCAUUUUUGGAAAGACGGGGGAUCUGCAAACCAUCCUGUGCUUGGCCACGGCUAAAGACGAAGUGACGUAUUCCGGGGCCCUCAACGGAGACAUAUACGUGUGGAAGGGACUCAACCUGACGAGGACCGUACAGGCGGCGCACGGAGCAGGGAUCUUCAGCAUGCAUUCGUGCGAGGAAGGCUUCGCCACCGGCCGGCGAGACGGAUGCGUGCGGCUGUGGGACGUGGAUUUCAAACCCAUCACCAAGAUUGACCUCAGGGAGGCAGAACAGGGUUAUAAAGGUCUGUCCAUCCGCAGCGUGUGCUGGAGAGCCGACAGGAUCCUGGCGGGGACUCAAGACAGCGAGAUCUUCGAGGUGAUGGUGAGAGACCGAGAUAAGCCGCUCCUGAUCAUGCAGGGUCAUUCGGAGGGCGAGCUCUGGGCCCUCGACCUGCAUCCCAAACAACCGCUGGCCGUCACGGGCAGCGACGACCGAUCCGUACGACUGUGGAGUUUGUCCGAACACACGUUGAUCGCUCGCUGUAACAUGGAAGAGGCGGUCCGCAGCGUUUCCUUCAACAACGACGGCUCCCAGCUGGCUCUCGGCAUGAAGGACGGCUCCUUCACCGUCCUGCGCGUCAGGGACAUGACGGAGGUGGUCCACAUCAAGGACAGGAAGGAGGUCAUCCACGAGCUCAAGUUCUCGCCCGACGGCUCUUAUUUGGCCGUGGGCUCCAACGACGGGUUCGUGGACGUCUACGCUGUGGCCCAGCGCUAUAAGAAAGUGGGAGAGUGCAACAAGUCCGCCUGCUUCAUAACGCACCUGGACUGGUCCGUGGACAGCCGCUUCCUGCAGACCAACGACGGAGCUGGAGAGCGCUUCUUCUACAGGAUGCCGACCGGUAAGUUCCUGCCGAAGGAGGAAGCCAAAGGGAUCCACUGGAUGACCUGGACCUGCGUUCUGGGGUCGGAGGUCAACGGGAUCUGGCCUAAAUACUCCAACGUGAACGACAUCAACUCCGUGGACGCGAACUACAGCAGCGCCGCGCUGGUGACGGGCGACGACUUCGGCCUGGUCAAGCUCCUCCGCUUCCCCUGCCUCAAAAAAGCCGCCAAGUUCAAGAAGUACAUCGGCCACUCCGCCCACGUGACCAACGUGCGCUGGUCACAUGACCUGCAGUGGGUUCUGAGCACGGGCGGAGCCGACCACUCCGUCUUUCAGUGGAGGUUCCUGCCGGAGGGAGUCAUGAACGGAGUCCUGGAGCCGCUGCUGCAAGAGAGCUACGCCGACUCUAACAGCGGCGAUUCUGACUCGGACCUCUCGGACGUUCCCGAGCUGGACUCAGACAUCGAACAGGAAGCCCAGAUGAACUACGAGCGCCAGGUGUAUAAGGAAGAUCUUCCUCAGCUCAAGAAGAAACUGGCCGGAUCUCUGAAGAGACAGAAAGCGCCGGACGAGGGGCUGCGCCUGCAGUUCGUCCACGGGUACCGGGGCUGUGACUGCAGGAAUAAUCUCUUCUACACUCAGGCCGGAGAGGUUGUGUAUCACGUGGCGGCGGUGGCCGUGGUGUAUAACAGACAGCAGCACACGCAGCGCUUCUACCUCGGCCACGACGACGAUAUCCUGAGCCUCACCGUCCAUCCCCUCAAAGAUUACGUGGCCACCGGACAGGUGGGUCGAGAUCCGGCCAUCCAUGUGUGGGACAUCCAGACGCUCAAGUGUUUGUCUCUGCUGAAGGGUCAGCAUCAGCGAGGGGUUUGUGCUCUGGAGUUCACAGCGGAUGGCAAGAGUCUAGUGUCCGUGGGAAUCGACGAAGAGCAUUCCAUAGUCAUCUGGGACUGGAAAAAGGGAGAAAAACUGGCCAAAUCCAGAGGACAUAAGGAUAAGAUCUUUGUGGUGAAAGGAAACCCGUUCCGCAUGGACAAACUGCUGACGGUGGGGAUGAAACACAUCAAGUUCUGGCUGCAUACAGGAGGAGGCUUGACGUUUAAAAGGGGCAUCUUCGGGAAUCUCGGCAGGCAGGAGACCAUGAUGUCCGCCUGCUACGGCCGCUCCGAGGACCUGGUGUUUUCUGGGGCGACGACGGGCGACGUGUACAUCUGGAAAGACACCGCGCUCGUGAAGAGCAUCAAAGCUCACGACGGGCCCGUGUUUGCCAUGUGCUCCCUGGACAAGGGUUUUGUGACGGGGGGUAAAGAUGGAGUUGUUGAGCUGUGGGACGACAUGUUCGAGAGAUGCCUGAAGACGUACGCCAUCAAGAGGGCGGCACUCUCGCCUUCGUCUAAGGGACUGCUGUUAGAGGACAACCCGUCCAUCAGAGCGAUCACUCUGGGACACGGACACAUUCUGGUCGGCACCAAAAACGGAGAGAUUCUGGAGAUCGACAAGAGCGGCCCCAUGACUUUACUCGUACAGGGUCAUAUGGAGGGGGAAGUCUGGGGCCUCGCUGCUCAUCCGCUGCUGCCCAUCUGUGCCACCGUGAGCGACGACAAAACACUGCGCAUCUGGGAGCUCUCGGCCAACCAUCGCAUGGUGGCCGUCCGGAAACUCAAGAAAGGUGGUCGAUGCUGUGCCUUCUCACCGGACGGAAAAGCCUUAGCGGUGGGUUUAAAUGAUGGCAGCUUCCUGGUGGUGAACGCAGACACGCUUGAGGACAUGGUGACCUUUCACCACAGGAAGGAGAUCAUCUCUGACAUCAGGUUCUCUCAAGAUGCUGGAAAAUACCUCGCCGUGGCCUCCCACGACUCAUUUGUGGACAUUUAUAACGUCCUGACCAGUAAACGGGUGGGAAUCUGUAAGGGAGCGUCCAGCUGUAUCACACAUGUGGACUGGGACGUCCGCGGAAAACUGCUUCAAGUCAACACCGGUGCCAAAGAGCAGCUGUUUUUUGAAGCUCCACGUGGAAGACGGCAAACUAUCAGCAGUUUAGAGUUUGAGAAGAUGGAGUGGGCCACAUGGACGUCAGUGCUGGGUCCCACCUGUGAGGGCAUCUGGCCGACGCUCAGCUUCGACAACGCCUCUUCACUUACCAAAGACAAGAAGCUGCUGGCCACCGGAGACGACUUCGGCUUCGUCAAGCUCUUCAGCUUCCCCUGCAAGGGUCAGUUUGCCAAGUUUAAAAAGUACGUGGCUCACAGUGGCAAUGUGACGAACGUACGGUGGUCCAAUGACGACGCGAUGUUGCUGUCGGUGGGCGGGGCCGACACCGCCCUCAUGAUCUGGGCGAGAGAGGGGAUUGGUCCACGCGAGAGCAAAGCCGUGGACAGCGAGGAGUCCGACGACGACGCCGAAGAGGACGGAGGGUAUGACAGCGACGUGGCUCGAGAAAAGAACAUGGAUUACACAACGAAGAUCUAUGCCGUCAGUAUAAGACAAAUGAGCGGCGUCAAACCACACCAACAACAGAAGGAGGUCCUCGUGGAUGAGCGGCCUCCGGUGAGUCGAGCCGCUCCGUUACCCGACAAACUGGUGAAGAACAACAUCACGAAGAAGAAGAAGAUGGUGGAGGAGCUGUCUCUGGAUCACGUGUUUGGUUACAGGGGCUUUGAUUGUCGAAACAACCUUCACUACCUCAACGACGGAGCAGACAUCAUCUUCCACACGGCCGCCGCCGCUGUUAUCCAGAACCUCUCUGCUGGAACCCAGAGCUUUUACCUGGAGCACACGGACGACAUCCUCUGUCUGACCGUCAAUCAGCACCCCAAGUAUCUCAACGUCAUCGCCACCGGUCAGAUCGGCGACAUCACCGACCUGCCAGGUCUGGCGCCGUCCAUUCACGUGUGGGACGCAAUGAGCAAACAGACUCUGUCGGUGCUGCGCUGCUCUCACGCUAAAGGCAUCGGAUACGUCAACUUCAGCGCCACGGGAAAGCUGCUGCUGUCCGUGGGAGUGGAUCCGGAGCACACCAUCACUGUGUGGAGAUGGCAGGAAGGCUCGAGGGUCUGCUGCAAGGGCGGUCACGUCGACCGGAUCUUCGUGGUGGAGUUCAGGCCCGACUCGGACACUCAGUUUGUGUCGGUGGGGAUCAAACACAUCAAGUUCUGGACGCUGGUGGGAGGCUCUCUGCUCUACAAGAAAGGAGUGAUCGGAGCGGUGGAGGACGGACGCAUGCAGACCAUGCUCUCUGUAGCCUUCGGAGCCAACAACCUGACGUUCACGGGAGCUAUAAACGGUGACGUGUACGUGUGGAGGGAGCAUUUCCUGGUGCGGGUGGUGGCUAAAGCUCACACAGGGCCGGUGUUCACCAUGUACACCACGCUCCGAGACGGACUCAUCGUGACCGGAGGAAAAGAGAGACCGACUAAAGAGGGCGGCGCGGUCAAACUCUGGGAUCAGGAAAUGAAGAGAUGCAGAGCGUUUCAGCUGGAGACUGGACUUCCUGUGGAGACGGUCAGAUCUGUGUGCAGAGGAAAGGGAAAGAUCUUAGUGGGAACGAAGGACGGCGAGAUCAUCGAGGUCGGAGAGAAGAACGCCGCCUCCAACACCAUGAUCAACGGACACACGCAGGGACGCAUCUGGGGUCUCGCCACGCACCCCUCCAAAGACGUCUUCAUUUCCGCCAGCGAUGACGGAACCAUCCGCAUCUGGGACCUGGCCGAUAAGAAACUCCUGAACAAAGUGAGUCUGGGUCAUCCGGCCAAGUGCACAGCGUACAGUCCGAACGGUGAGAUGGUGUCCAUCGGGAUGGAGAACGGAGAGUUCAUCGUGCUGCUGGUCAACUCUCUGACCGUCUGGGGCAAGAAGAGAGACCGCAGCGUGGCCAUCCAGGACAUCCGGUUCAGCUCUGAUAACCGGCUGCUGGCCGUCGGCUCGGUGGAGUGCGCCGUGGAUUUCUACGAUCUGACUCUGGGUCCGUCUCUCAACCGGAUCGGAUACUGCAAAGACAUUCCCGGAUUCGUGAUCCAGCUGGACUUCUCCGCUGACAGCAAAUACAUCGAGGUCUCUACCGGUUCUUAUAAGCGUCAGGUUCAUGAGGUUCCCAGCGGGAAGAUCGUCACAGAACAAGGCCUGAUUGACCGGAUCACCUGGGCCACCUGGACCAGUAUUCUGGGUGACGAGGUUCUGGGCGUCUGGCCUCGUAACGCAGAGAAAGCAGACGUGAACUGUGCCUGUGUUUCUCACGCCGGACUCAACGUGGUCACUGGAGAUGAUUUUGGACUCGUGAAGCUCUUCGACUUCCCCUGCUCCGAGAAAUUUGCCAAACACAAGCGUUACUUCGGCCACUCUGCCCACGUGACCAACAUCCGUUUCUCUUACGAUGACAAAUAUGUGAUAAGUGUAGGAGGCAACGACUGUAGUGUGUUUGUGUGGAGAUGCGUCUGAUGGGCCUCCACACAGCCGGGAAUCUCCCUCCAAACAUCAACCCGGAGAGAUUCCCGCCCGAUACCUCCAGCGUCCGGAUGCUGCACUUCUGUUAUGCUGCGUUUAACCCAAGACCCGAUGGAUCCCGGACGAGGCCGAGUUCGAAGAGGGUUUUUUUUAACCAUUCUGUGAAGUGCAAUGUUUACGCUUACAUGUACUUUUACAAAGGAAAAAAAAAAAAAGAGAGAAAAAGAUACACUCAUAAAUCAUGCCAAUAUUUCAGAAAUUAAUGUAUUUUCUGUUCGGAUUCUGAAGUGCCUUGGAGACACAGUUUGCUGAUCUUUGCCCCCCGAAAUGUUCAUACGAUGCAUAUAUGGUGCUAAAUGUCCACUUAGAGCUUUUGAAAAUUCUUUUGAAAAUCAUGCAUUAUGCAAUUUCCUUUCUUCUUUAUCUUCUUUUUACAUUUUGUACAUAAACGUCAAAUAUAUCCAUUCACUAAAUGCUCUUCCUGUUAAAAAUAUCAAAAUAUCCAAAUACACGGGACUCAGGAGAAAUUAAGUACUGUAAUGUGUAGAUGUUAUAUUUGACCUGUGCUAUUUUUGUUAAAAUAUUUAUUUUUUAUGUAUGACGUAUGCAAAUUAGUCGGUCAGUCGGUCUGUGGGCGUCUAUGAAAAUUGAAAAUGCAAAAAACUUGCUGUCCAAAUAUUAAAGUUACACGAAAUGUACGUAGUAGCGUUGUCUGUUGCGACGUGUUUAGAUUGCGAUGCGCUGUUUGUAGCCAAUGAUGCAGAUCUCGCGUUAUCUGUCGUUUGUAUGUUCACGUUUUUGUAAUUUGUCUGAUCAGAGGUCAAGCUAACGGAAAGCUAUAUAAUAAUGCAUGAAUCGAAGUCUGUGUGGUUGUUGAUCAUGAAUGAAAACUGUUGUUUUAUAAUUAAAGAGGACUGUGUGCUCUCGUGUUUUGGUCUUUCGCCACAUGAUGGCAGUGUGUGUAUAAACUUAAAGAUUCAAUAAUGAGA